CCGAACAUGUACUAUUUUCAAUGAUUCUUUGGUUGUUGCACGGCAGCGCACGCUAAUAUUUCGGCAACACCCUGGGGCACGUGGCAAGGUCGCAUCUGUGGUUACCAUUUUAAAUGGCGACAGCCCCAAAACGAAAAGGCGAUCCAGGCCCAGUGGUUGGAGCAAGUUCUUCCCAAGAUCUGGUCACUGAUACGAGCUCGGGGCGUCGGCAGGAGCAAAAGGUAUACACCUUCACUAGCGAUAAGGUCCAGGCCAAGUCGACUGGAGGGACAGCUCAGCAAAAGGAAGAGGACAAGGCCAAGCCUCAGAAGACCAUACUCGAGGAGCAUGGCAUCAUCUUGGGCAAGGUGAUAGGCACGGGCAACUAUGCCAAGGUUAAGAUCGGCUUCUCCGAGGAAUACGGCAAGCGCGUGGCCGUCAAGAUCAUUUCCAAGGUGAAGGCCCCGCCGGAGUAUACGCAAAAGUUCCUGCCGCGCGAAAUCGAGGCGGUGAAGGGACUGCACCAUGAGAAUCUAAUCACAUUCUACCAGAGCAUAGAGACCAGUCACAGGGUAUAUUUGAUUAUGCAACUGGCGGAGAACGGCACUCUGCUGGACUAUGUGCGUGAGAAGAAGUUCCUGGACGAGACGGAGUCGCGGAAGCUAUUCCGACAGCUGAUUAGCGCCGUGGAGUACAUACACAGCAAGAACGUGGUCCAUCGGGACAUCAAGUGCGAGAACCUGCUGCUGGACGAGAACUACAAUCUCAAGCUAAUCGACUUCGGCUUUGCCCGCAAGGACACACGCUCCUCCGACAACCAGGUGGUGCUGUCGAAAACCUUUUGCGGCAGCUACGCCUACGCCAGCCCCGAGAUUCUUAAGGGCGUUGCCUACGAUCCCUUUAUGUCCGAUCUGUGGGCCUGCGGUGUGGUCUGCUAUGCCAUGGUGUUCGGGCGUCUGCCCUACGACGGCUCCAAUGUUCACAUACUCCUGAAGCGCAUCAAUCAGUCGCUGGUGUUCCCCAAAUCGCCGCCAGCCACCAGCGAAUGCAAGCAUAUGAUAAUGCACGUCCUAGCACCUGUCAAGAUCCGAUACAACGUGCCACAAGUGAAAGAGGAUCCCUGGUUCUCUAACAGGUAG